CACACACACACACACACGCACGCACGCCGUACACACAUGCAUGAGCAUGAGACUAUAUUUGGGAGUGAUCGCAGAGAGAAACAGUUGGUGACGGAGCUGCUGGAUGUUUCUGAAACACCGGGAGCAACUGACAGACUGGUGAUCUGAAGAAUCUGAGCUGCAGAGAGAAAAUCAGCUGUAAAGAUGUGUUGAUCUGGCUCCAGAGCCCUGAAGACAAACAGAUACAGAAAUGAUCCCCUAUUCUCCCUGAGGAACUGACCAAUCAGCAGUCAGGAUGAUGCCCAAGCAGCUGGCUCAGACGUCUCCAGGGAGUGUGUUAUCGCUAAGAGGGCCCAGCGUCCCAGGAUCCCCUGCUGCCGCCAUCGUGGCCAGAGUGGAGGACGGGGUUAUCGGCUAUAAGGACCUGGCAGCGUUACCAAGAGACAAAGCCAUCCUGGAUAUAGAGAGACCAGACCUGAUGAUCUACCAGAGCCCCUACAGCUACAGUCCUCUGGAGAGGUCCUUGUCUCCUCGCUCCAUCUCUCCUCCACCCUCCCCCGAGAAGGAGUCCAGGGAGUGGCUGGAGAACCGGUCUCCUGGAUGUUCCUCCCCUUGUUCCACCAUCCAGACCAGCAGUACACUCGGCACACGAACACCACCAACACCUAACACACCAAACACACCAAACACACCGCACACUGUACACUCCUCUGUGGCCAAGAGCGCCCUGCAUCACUUCCACAGGCCAGAUAAUGGCUCCAACAUCUAUAAGAAGCCUCCGAUCUACAAACAAGAUGUGUGUGUCUCCUCUCAGCUCCCUCAGGGUAAACACAUUGAGGAUCUGAUCAUAGAGUCUUCAAAGUUUCCAGCAGCUCAGCCUCCAGACCCCAACCUGCCCUCCAAGAUAGAGACCGAGUACUGGCCCUGCCCCCCCUCCCUGGCUGUUAUUGAGAAAGAGUCGAGGAAGAAGGAUCAGGGAGAUGAAGCGGAGGAGGAGGAGGAGGAUGAGUUAUGGGGACUGAGAGCGCUUCAGAAACAAGAACUCAACAAGAUUCAGUCAAACCUGGGAAAGAUCAUCCUGAAGGAGGAGCUGGACAAAUCUGCAACUCCUCUGAGGAGGAAAACUCGCUCAUUACCCGAGAGAAGCCAAAACACUGGUUCCAACGCCUCUAAGUCUGUGUAUUUCCCAGCAUCUUCUAAGAGCGGCCUGUCCAGGCUUCAGUCGGCAGAGUUCAGCUCCUCGGAGAAAGCUCCUGCAGAUCUUCAGAAUGGGGACUCCAGGAUGGACAGAGGAAACUCCCUCCCCAGCAUGUUGGAACAUAAGAUUUGCCCCUAUGAGAUGCUGGUGGUGACCCACAAAGGGCGGAGCAAAAUGCCCCCUGGUGUUGACAGAACCAGGCUGGAGAGACACCUCUCUCAGGAGGAGUUCUUCAGUGUUUUUGGGAUGACCAUCGAGGAGUUCGACUGCCUCUCUCUGUGGAAGAGGAACAACCUUAAGAAGAAAGUCUGUCUCUUCUGACGCCACUGGAACCAUGUGUCCCACAAUCCCCCUGCUUUUCCUGGAUCACUGCAGGAUCCUGGAACAACCUCGGACUCAUAUUAUUAGCACUGCUUAAACCACCACCACCAUCACCAUCACAGUCAGACCUGUCAGUGAGACGUCAGGUCUGAUCACAGUGAAGGUUUGAAUGAAAACACAGAGUGGCUUUAGAUUCCUGCUCCACAUGAACUGUUUUAAAGCAAAGCUGCAGAUUCCUGUAUCAUAAGCUUCUAGAUGUCUGUGGAAAUGUGUUGAUAACAAAACUGCGAAGCGAGCACAGGUCAGGUUUAAAUGUGGAAGCACAGAGCAGGUUGUGACCCUAGUUUUGAAAGGUUAUACUUAAACUGAGAGCAGAGCCAACACCAGUAAGUCUGACCUACAAAUGAAAAGCCUAGUCACAUCUGCAUUCUUAAAACAGGUGUUGGAACAAAAUUAAUUGAAUUUCAGAGAGCAUCAGUAGAUUUGCUUCUGUAGGCAAAUUGAUUUCAUGCUAAUCUGUUAGCACUGAACAAGAUGCAUCAUGAUUUCCAGUCACAAGAUAGAUUUUCUCUAGUAAGCUACGGAGCUACUUUCCUAGCCACUUACUGUUAGCUUUGCAAGCUAUUUUGCCUAUCUAACACUUAGUACCUAGCUAGUUAACAAGUAAGCUCAGCAGCUAGCACCUCGGCAAGAAGGUCUCCUAGGAGUAGAUGUUAUUUAAAGCCUUUUAUCAUAUAUAUCAUUUUAAAUAUAAAAAUAUCUACAUUUGUUAUGAUAUAUCUUAAAUCAGGAAAAUCACAAAAUGUUUGAUGGUAUGUGUGACUGGUACACAAAAAUCAUGAUGUUAAAGUAGCAGUAGACAAAUUUUCAAACUUUUCAUCCCUCCCCAACUUCUCUGAGUGGCGUUAUUGUUGCUGCCAUUGUCAGACUUUCCUUUCGCACAACCAGAACAACUACUAAGCUUUAUGCAAAUAAAGUGCGAAGAUGGCGCUAAUAUGCAAACGAGCUUUGAUAUCAUCUAGAAACUUCUGGAGCUAAUGCUAGCAGCUUCUUUCCGCAGUUUGUGCUGUAACUGGAGCCCUGUACCAGGAUAUGGUACCUGGAAGAUGGAAAUGCAAUAGGGAAUCAAAUUCAAAUGGUGUAAUUAUUGUCUAUUGCUACUUUAUUGCUUGCAAAUGUAUUUAAAAACUAAAUGUUGCCAUACAGCAGCCCAGCCCACCUUUUUAUACAACAAAAUCUUUGACAUAAGACACAUUUAUAUAAUUAUAUUGUCCAACCCUAUUCUCACUAAACUUCAACAGAUGGACAUAAUUGAAGCAGUGGUCUCUGGAUUAUGAAAGUAUCUAACAGAGACAGACGGGCUUCUUCUAUUAGUUCUGACUGAGAUCUUAAUUUCUAUCAGACAAGCAAAUAUUUUAUUAUCAAGCUUCUUGCUUCAGUCAGGCUUUAAAACAAACAUUCCUAUAAACUCUGAUUCAGGUCUCAACACAGAUCUAUACGAAUAGAGCUUUCAGUGAUAGAUCAAAAUUAUAUAUUUCUAUUGGCUUAGCCAUCUAUGAUGUCACAAUGAAAGGAUUUCUUUCCCAGCACCUAAGAAGAAAAAUAGGAGACAUUUUUAUCACAGUCUGAUUUUUAAGCUACACAUGCUGAGGACAUUAACUUACAACUGAAUAUUUUUAUUUAAUUGAUUUGUUGUAGGCAUAUUAUUUUCUUCCUCUUAGUCCGGACCAGCAAUAAAAAGCUAUAUAGUUAUCUAUUACCAUACAACUUCAAGAGGUUAUUCAAAUAACAUGUCAUUAUGAACACACCUCAUCACAGUCCCAAGAUGUUAGAAAACACAAAGGAGCACUGGAAAUGUUACAUCAAACACAAACACAAUGCUGAAAUUGAAUAUACACAUGACCACAAUUUAAGUAAUUGAUCAACUAAUCCCACAUUUAAAAGAAAGGAAAGCCACAAAAUCUAAAAUCUAAAUCUGUGUAUUUAAAAUAAGUUACUUAAAAUUGGUCCCUCAAUUCUCAGAAGCAGCAUUGCUAACAAGCAGGUAUAUUAUUUAUCAUCUUUAUUUAGCAUGUUAGCAUUCUAACUUUAGGUUUUAGUAGUAACACAAAGUUGAGCUUUGUUUUUAAAAAAUCAAGGUUGGAAGAAGUACGCAGGUAUUUUAGAUGAGUAAAAGUAUAAAAAUAGUACCGUGUAAAAUACUCACGUGUACAUGUAAGUCCUGCAUCACAUUUUUAAUCAAAUAAAAUUACAAAAAGCAUUAGCAUCAAUGCUACUUAAAUGCCACUAGUUUGCCCAGUUAGGAAUCAAAUAUAUAUUAUAUUAUAUUAUUGUAUUAUAAUUAUAAAUGAAUAAUCUUAAGCUUGAAAGUUGGCACUUAUUUUGAUGAUGUAACCCUCUAUCAUAAUUUAUAAAUUGAUUUAUAUUUUGUAUUAAUAACCUAAAUCUCAGAAGUUGCUCGUAACUAGUGCAAUAAAAUCAUGUAUUUGAAUUAAAAGUAUAGAGUAGUAUGAUAUGAAAAUAAUUAAUUAAAGUAAAAGUACCUUACAUUUUAAGUACAGUACUUAAGUAAAUAUAAUCAGUUAUUUUCCACCACUGAAAAACACAAACUACUGGGAUGUUCUGGUGUUCACACCCUUUGUCGUCUAUUUUAUUUUAAAGUGUCUAUCAGGUAUUCAAAAUGGUCCAGACUUUGAAGAAAGGUUUUAUGACUAAAUAUGUAGUUUAAUAUUUAUAUCAGGUUGGAGCAGCAUUCCUUCUCAAAGCUCUGCUCCCAUUGGCUGUGAUCAAACUGUCUCCUGCUUGUCUUUUCUUCUUAGAACAGCAAAAGCCACUGCCCUGUUUUACCUCAGUACAUGCACACAGAGAUAGAUAAACUCACUUUUUGCAGCGUAGGGGAACGAUGAUAACCUCAGAACCAGAGACUCAGAGCGCUGUGGCAGCAACUCUGUCUCCAUAUGGCUCUGGUAUGUCCAAUAAACAGGUUAUAGGCGUUUUGUGUUGCUUAGUGACCAAAUGAAGUGCAGCUAUUUUCUAGUAAUACAUAGAGAAGUGGCAUGUUUGUUAUUAAAAUCUAAACGAAAAUGUAAAAAAGUGAAUUAUAUCAACACAUGAAUGUUGAGACAAGAAGACGAAGGAAGGAAAGUGGACACAUUUGGGAGGUUCCCUGACCAAAGGACAGAUGGGAAAUAACUGGAGAACAUUUUCCCCUUCAACUUCAAAGUGAACUGAACAUCUUCAUCAAUUACACGUCGGCACUUCUUAAGCAAACAUAGAUAUAUAUAUUUAGAAACUCAUAUGUCCAUUAGCAUCAAAGCUGAUCUUCACAAACAUGGAUAAGUGGUUUUCUUUAGCAUGUUUGGAAAUUUCAAAGCAACACAGCUGUUGAUUUAAAACUGAAAUCUUGAUAUGAAUGGACAAUUUUAAAGGUGGAAUGUAUUGGAUUUUAUCUUUUAGAGGAAAUGGAAUUAAAAGCGAUAGGUUGGUACAAUGACUGUGAACAAUUGAGACAUUUGUCGUCAAACAACAAAAAGAUCCAAAGUUCAGAUUUUCACUUUUACUUAGACAAACUUUUCUCAGUCAGUCGGUCUUAAUCAGAGCUACAUUAUGAUGCUAAUGAGGCUAACAGCAAUCAUCAAAGUACACAUUUGUUAAAACUCAGACAAAUGAAUAUAUAUACUGCAUGUCGUAAUUGACUGCUUGUAGAUAAUAAAAAAAGGUACGGUUUUCUCCAUUUCUUUAUGACAUUAAAGAAAACUGCAACAUCUGUAUUUACCGCCAUCCAAUCGCAGCAAAUGGCUUCACCCAAAAAGGGGCGUGGCCAUGGUGUAGAGAGGAAGCACAUUGUCGUAGUUCUCAGUUGUUUACAGUCAUGGUAUUGUCUCUGUAUUAAUGUGAUUUACUAAAGGAGAAACGAGAAUUGCAGCACCUUUAAAAGUAUUUCAGCAUCUCAAACUUCUGGGAGGAUUACGGACAGUUGUUCACUCUCACUGCAAACGCCAAAAUCACAUCCGCAAAAUCCUGCAUCCCUCCACGUCUGCCUCGCACACGCUUCCUGUAUCUGUUGAAAAAAAAAGACUGGAAAAAAAAACAAAAAACUGGAUGAAGAUUUGUGAGAUGGAGUGAGCGAGCAUUGGUCACUUUACGUUGAUGAUUUCCUUUAUUACUUGUUUUUCUUUUUGGGGAAAGACUCUGACGCUGUUGGAUGACACUGAGGAUUAACGCUUUGUUCUGAUUGGUUGUGUGUGGUUAGAAACAGGAAGCGGGUUGCUGUGACGAACACCAUGAUGACACAAAGAUUGUUUCAUGAUUGUUUUGGUUUUUGUUGAACAUUUCAAAUUGUUUUUCUUUUUUAUUUAAUUAGGCUGUUUGAACACGCAGGGCGACUUCGGGGGAGGCAUGCCACCAUGAACAUAUCAGAUAACUGCUGCAUGCAUAAUGUCCUUAUGAUGAUGUCAUUUUUUAUUUAACCUUUAAUUAAUUAGAUUUAUAUAACGGCACUUGCGGGUAGAAGCACCCUGGUUUAGGUUUUACUGUCUAAACUCUCUAAAGUUUAGGACUCUGAGGUCAAACUGAGGUCAGAGGUCGUUGAUUGUGACUCGCCUGUCCGAAGCCGCCCAGUUGCUGUACAUAUAUAUAAUUAUUGUUGUUGUUGUUGUUUUCAUAUCAUGCAGGUGAUGUAACAGAUGAAUGGUGAUGUGAAUGAUUAACAUGAGUUACAAUAAAGAACAUUUCUAUUUG